CUCGAUUCACUGAAGAAUCAAAAGAGUGACAAUAUCCGUGUGUGAAUAUCUCUUUAAGAAUGAAGCUGAAAUUGGAUCCUAUCACCUUCACUUACAGACAGCCAUCAUUAACACACAUUGGUUCACAUCAUCAUCCCCAACAUGCUCUCACCGUCGCGCGUUUAUAAACCCAACACGCAUCGCAGAUUGAGAUUAUCAUAAGGAUCACCCGUUUUUGAUAUGAAAUCAUGCAUUUCAUAUCGCGGAGAGAGGAGAAUCUUACAUGUGUCUGAUUGACGGAUUUUUAUCAGCCCAUGUUUUCAGACACCAUGCACAAGUAACCAACAGACACGUUGAUGAACAAUAAGAGUGGGGUCAGGUGGCCAUGGACCCCUUCAGCCAGCUGAUCCUGCUCAUCUCGGUGGUGAGUUUUUGCAUCUUCCAGUGGCUCUUUCACAGCGUGAGCCCAUGGGCAUCAUCCAGAAUCAGCCCUGGCUUCCUCAAACUCACCCACAAACAGAAGAUCGAAUGGAACUCAAGGACUGUGUCCACGCUCCACGCUCUGUUGGUAGGCCUUUUCUGCCUCUACAUCCUGUUCUUCGAUGAGGCUGUCAAUCAGGACCCCGUAUGGGGAGAUCCUACUCUGGUGAAGAUAAACGUGAGCAUUACUACAGGCUACCUCAUAUCUGAUCUGCUGCUUAUAUUUUACUAUUGGAGAGCAAUAGGAGACAAGUUUUUUGUAAUCCACCACCUGGCAGCAUUGUAUGCUUACUACUAUGUACUGGGUCAAGGAAUGUUGCCUUAUUUUGCUAACUUCCGUCUGCUUGCAGAGUUUUCCACACCAUGUGUAAACCAACGCUGGUUCUUUGAAGUAUUAGGUUACCCCAAAGUCUCCAAGCCCAACAUGGCUAACGGGGUACUGAUGGCGCUCGUUUUUUUCCUGGUGCGGAUCGCCGUCAUGCCAGUAUACUACAGUCGAAUGUGCUCAGUGUAUGGCACAGAAGCCUUCUACAAGGUCUCGUUCGGCGGCCGUAGCGCUUGGAUCUUCUCCAGCAUCUGCCUGGACAUCAUGAACGUGAUGUGGAUGCAUAAAAUCGCUCGUGGCUGCUACAAAGUCCUGCGUUCCAGUAGGAGAUCCAAACUUGAGAUCCAGGAGAACGGAAAAACUAAUUGAGCGAAAAGAAAGGGCAUUUGAAUUUUACACCAGUUGCUUACAGACAGGGUCAUAUUAACGGUCAACAUGGGACACUAUGGUGCGAUAAUGACCGCUAAAGACUUUGAAAACCACCCCAUAGCAAUAUUUAACAGAGUUAAGAUCUGAAACUCUGACGAAAUGUCAAAUUGAGAUCUAGUACACCAGAAAAGACUGGCCACCCACUUUUAUUUUGUGUUUGUUUUGAAACUACACCAAAAAAGAGCAAACGAUGCACUGUUCGAGUUCACCGGCUGAACUGUAUUUUAACCAUGUUUUGUUUUCAUUUUAAACUGUGGGCAUGUAAACCACAUUAUUUUUUUUCAUCAAAGUUCAGUCCCUCGCUCUCAAUCACUGUACUGUGCAGAGGGGCCAAGCGAUCAGUCACCUGAUGUACACGUUUAUUUCAAAGCCGCGUAUAUUGUGAAAGAUUCGUCCACACAACUGCACUGCACUAAACGAGGAAAAUUGUCAAUCUGGAUCAGUGUACUCAACAAGAAUCUCUUGGAAAGUUGAUGUCACAUAUUUGUGAUGUAUUAGAUAUUUUAUCGAAUGCACCGAGAUCCAACUGUUAAAUAGGCGAAAUAUUUUAUAUAUACAAGAUAUGAGCAUUGAUGCAUUGUGAUCGCAUUAAAUGAAAACGGUUUACACUCGCUCCAGAUUCUGUUCAGAUGUCGCUCCGUUCCCAUGAAAUGGAUGUCACACUUUGUUCACACUGUACAGUUAACUGCAUGCGGAGAUGUUGUUCUCUGAAUGUUUGCAUUGUACAUAGAAACUUAAUUGAACAUACGGAAAUUAUUUUAAUUACGUUGGUGUACAGUGUUUCCAAUCAGUACUUAACCUAAUUUAUCGAUUAUGAUUUGGGAAUGCUUUUAAAAGGAAGAGUGUAGCUCGUGAAUGUUCGAAGACUUCUCAACGUUGGGUGGUUUUCCUGCAUUGCAUCUAAUUUAUUCAACCAGUUUUGGGUUGGGACAGCAUGAUAAUGUUUGUACGGCAUAUUUAUUUUUUUAAUGGAAGCAUAUAAAAUUGGUCAAUGUAUCGGAGUAAAUAAACAGCAUAUAAUAGAAUUCACAUUCACGGUAAUACUUUUAUGAAUUCAUUUUAAAAUUCAUUGUCAACUAUGUAUGACGAAUUUAGUGUAGAUACUCUAACUGUACACGGAUGCUCAAUGGCGGCACAGAUGUGAGCGCAUGAGUUUUGAUUUAAAAUGUAUGAAAGAAAGUUUAAUAUGGCUAACAGCAAUUUGCGUGGAAACAACAACAAAAAAGUUGUUCUGUUUUUAAUGAACUAAGUACUUGAAUUUUUAAAUGUUAUUCUGAGAGCCAGACCUAUGAAGGAUUGUCUUUUACCUGCACGAGAUCUAAAAGAAUCCAUGUUUUCUUUCUUUUAUAUUCAAUCACGCAAUGCCUUUUUUUGUUUUGUUAAAUAAACAUCUUUUAUUUACUUGUCUUUUACCUGCACGAGAUAUAAAGGAAUCCACAUUUUCUUUCUUUUUUUGUGUUCACUCGCUCAAUGCCUUUUUUGUUUUGUUAAAUAAACAUAUUUUAUUUACUUGUCUUUUUGUGUCAUUUAGUGUAAUUUUGUACCACAUGGUUCUUUGUAGGGUCAUUUAAGAAUGUAAAAAAAGUCAAAAGGAAGAAUUGUUGUUCUUAAUUGUACGUUUUAAGUAAAUGGUGGCACACACCCACAGUCUCAAUAACAUUAUGAAAAAACGCCCAGCUGUCUGAACAGACAUGAAUUAUAACACUGUACAAGAGUAAUCUGAAACAAGCAAAGGAAAAUACGGGAAGAGUCAAUUCAAUGUAAAUUAUCUUUCAGAACCUUGCAGGUCAUCCAACCCUGAAUUAUUAUUUUUUAAACAGUUAAAUGCCAUUUAGGAUGUCUUAUAUAUAUUGCCUAUAUAUAUUUUAGUCAAAACAAUAUUGAAUUUUACUUUUUUACUCAAAUUCCUUUCAAUACAUAAAGAUCCAAACUUUCAGUGUUCAUCAUUGUUUUAAUUAUGGAAUGUCUAGAUGCACAAUAUCAUGACUGUGUAUUUGUAUUACUGUUGCGUUCCAUAUACAAAUGUCACUGGAACUGUUGCCAUCUAAAGGUUUACAUUUGUUACUUCGGUGACCACAGGGAUCUUGAAGGAAAGUGCAUGUACCUGAGGAAUGAACAUGUUUAUUCUUACACGUGUCUUAAUUUUUCACUUGCGUUAUGCCAUUUGCCUCAAUAAAGCAAUAUGUUCAUUUUGAUUC